AUGGAAGCAAUUGCCUACAGCAACCAAGCAUUCCGCUUCAACGACAUGCUGCAGACCGGGAUGACUUAUGACUUUAUUUCCGUCGGGUUCAACCCCACGGAAAUGCUAGAUGGACAUGUUUGCGGCGUCCUCGUCAACACGUUCGAGUGGCUAGAGGCGAGGGCGCUGCGCACGCUCAAGGACGGCUCGUGCAUCCCCGCUGCCAUGCCGCCGGUGUACCCCGUCGGCCCAAUGGUUGCCGGCUGCGGAGGAGGGGACAGGGAGCACGAGUGCCUUGCAUGGCUGGACGGGCAGCCGGAGAAGAGCGUGGUGUUUCUCUGCUUUGGGAGCAGGGGCUGCUUCCCCAAGAAGCAGCUUGAGGAGAUCGCCAUGGGGCUGGAGAGGUCCGGGAAGAGAUUCCUGUGGGUGGUGUCCAGCUCAUCUGAAGAUCAACUACAGGACCUCCUGCCCGAGGGAUUCCUGGAGAAGACCGACGGCAGAGGGUUCGUGAUCAAGUCGUGGGCGCCACAGCCGGAGGUGCUGCAGCACCGGGCGACAGGCGCAUUCUUGACGCACUGCGGGUGGAACUCGGCCCUGGAGGGGAUCGUUGCUGGGCUGCCCCUCAUCUGCUGGCCGCUCUACGCAGAGCAGAGGCUGAACAAGGUGUUCAUCGUGGAGGAGCUGAUGGCCGGCGUGGAGAUGGCAGGGUACGACGGCGAGCUGGUCCCGGCCGCGGAGGUGGAGUCCAAGGUUAGGUUGGUGAUGGAGUCGCCGGGCGGACAGGCGCUACGGGAGCGAGCCAUGGAAGCCAAGGAGAGGGCCGCACGGGCGGCACAGCAAGGUGGAGCAUCCGACGUUGCUUUUGCCGAGUUCCUCGCGCACUUGGAAAGUGUUGUUCGUGGCCAUUAACGUGCGAACUUUCUUUGUUCCAAGUUCCUUGUCUAUCUACUCCCUCCAUCCGCAUCCGCAAAUAAAUAUACAUUUAGCUUUUGUCAACUCAAAUUUUUAACCAACUUUAUAGGAAAGAUAUCACUAGAUUCAUUUUAAAAUGUAGUUGCAUAAUAUAC